AUGCCCUUUGAUAUUCCACUGAUCACAAAAAUUGAUACCAAAAUUAUAGCCAAACAACUUGUCGAGGAGUGGAGGCUAGUGAUCGAAUGGUUUACUAGAUUUGUAACGAUUUCUAAGGCUUUAAGAAAACUCACUUUGCAGAAGCGGCGCUCACCCUGCUUGGCGUUCCAUUCGCCCAGUAUGCAAAUGGAGCUACGGGUCGGUGGACGUUUUAGACUAGGAAGGAAAAUCGGAAGCGGCUCCUUUGGUGAUAUCUACUUAGGUUUGAACGUGCAAACAAACGAAGAGGUAGCAGUGAAAUUAGAAUGCAUCAAGUCGAAACAUCCUCAGCUUCAUAUAGAAGGCCGUCUCUAUCGCGUCAUGUCUGGCGGUGUAGGAAUUCCAGAUGUAAAAUGGUGUGGUCUUGAAGGCGAGUAUAAUGUUAUGGUGAUGGAAUUGCUGGGUCCAUCAUUAGAGGACCUUUUCAACUUCUGCCAGAGGAAGUUUUCGUUGAAGACUGUACUUCUUCUAGCCGACCAAAUGAUAACACGAAUAGAAUAUAUACACGAGCGUGACUACAUCCAUCGUGACAUCAAACCGGACAACUUUCUUAUGGGUCUUGGAAAACGGGGAAACUUAGUUUAUAUAAUUGAUUUCGGGUUGGCUAAAAAGUACCGUGAUUCACGAUCUCAGCACAUUCCAUACAGGGAAAAUAAGAAUCUCACUGGCACUGCUCGUUAUGCAAGUGUCAAUACCCAUCGCGGUAUAGAGCAAUCCCGGCGUGAUGACAUCGAAUCAUUGGGCUAUGUUUUGAUGUAUUUCAAUCGCGGAACCCUUCCCUGGCAAGGCUUGAAAGCUGCAACGAAGCGGCAGAAGUAUGAUAAAAUUUCGGAGAAGAAAAUAUCUACGUCUGUGGAAGAACUGUGCGCAUCCUAUCCUGAAGCAUUUGCAACCUACUUGCGAUACAGCCGCACAUUGGGAUUUGAAGACACUCCCGAUUAUGGACAUCUUCGCCAGCUUUUUCGAAACCUCUUUCAUCGACAGGGUCUCCGCUACGACUACCUCUUUGAUUGGAAUCUGCUGAAGUUUGUCAACGGCGAAGCGCCUUCAACAAUCGGCAGCACCUCCUAUGGGAAGGGCGGAGUGAAGAAGUCUUAUCCAGUAUUGCGAUCGGCUCAAACAUCAAUGCAGAAUCGGGCGGCUAAUACCGCUCUUGAUGGAGCUCCAGUGAAGUAAUAGGUGGUGUUGUCCUCAGAUUUUGUCUUUAUCCUCUGAAUUCUUAGGUAAACCAUACAUCUUUUUCUAUCAUAGACAUUAUAGUGAAACAUGUGCUAUUUGGUGUGUAUUCUAUGCUUUUCGUUCAUUAGAACAAAUGGAUAGACAUUAUGUCUGCAUUGUUCAUCAGUUCUGUCCAACUGUAAAGAUUGAACCGGACUCACUCUGGUAAUCCUUCUACACUUAUUCUCGUAAUACAUUGCCAGACACAGUGCGGCCGGCAGGUUCUAAACUGAAGUAUGAAGUAAUCCUUUAUUCGGUUCUUACUGAGAGCUUUCUUCAUCGUCAGCUUCUUUCUGUGCUACUACUACAAUUGCUCCGUUUUUGCUUUUCCUUGAUGACUAUGCGGGUGACCAAUAAUCAUACUUCUGUGUUCGCCGUUUAGCCACCGUCUCUCACUUGUUUCUUUUUCUCUAUAUAAUAAUCUGUGACAUCUGUGUAUUUUGAUUGUAUGACAAAUUCCAAUACAUACUAUCAUCAAUACAUCCAACCCAGCACACUUGGUGUCAUUUUUAGGAAUCCAAUUGUGAGGUGUUAAUCAUGUGAAUUGUAUCAUGUCUA